UUCCAUUUGUUGAAACUUUCUUUCUUUCUUUCUUUUUCCUUUCUUUCCUUCCCUCCCUUUUUGUCCUUUCUUUAUCUUCACCUUCAUUUUGCAGAGACAUCUCUCUGAUUCUCAUGCAAAGUUAAAGGAAUUGGAGAUGGGGAGGAAAGGGAGUUGGUUCUCUGCUGUGAAGAAAGUUUUUGGUUCUGAAAACAAAAAGGACCAGGAAAAGAACACAAAACCACAGAAAACCCAUAGUCAUGGCCAUAGCCAUAGCAAUAGUAAGUCCAAAUUAGGAUGUUUUGGACACCAUGAUAACAAUGAAGCCGGAAAUGAAGCGCAGGGAAUAGUAGUUGUUCCGGCGCUUCCGCGUAAGAAAGAACCAAAACAAGCAAGAGUGGCAGGUCAGAAUGAGCCGGACCAGCAGGCUUUCUCUUUGGUCUUGGCUACUGCUGUCGCAGCAGGUGCUGCUGUCGCGGCCGCGGCUGAGGCUACUCGUCCCAAGACUGUGACGCCUCGUCGCCGUGAAAAACUGAAGGAUGAUGAAGCAGCAAUCAUAAUUCAGACAGCCUUCCGCGGAUAUCUGGCGAGGAAAAAACUGCGAGGCUUGAGAGGUUUGUCGAGGUUGAGAACAUUGGUAAGAGGGCAAUCUGUGAAAAGGCAAUCAGCCUCUACCUUGCAAUGCAUGCAGACUCUUUCGAAACUGCAGUCUCAAGUUCGCGCGAGGAAGAUCAGAAUGUCUGAGGAGAACCAGGCACUUCAGCGCCAGCUCCUGCAGAAACGGGAGAAGGAGCUUGAGAAAUUGCAAGCUGCUCAAGCUGAAUGGGAUCAUAGAAAGGAUUCAAAAGAGCAAGUUGAAGCAAAAUUGUUGCACAGGCAAAUUGCUACCAUGAGAAGGGAGAAGGCUCUGGCUUAUUCAAUGACACAUCAGCAAACUUGGAGGAACAAUCUAAAAUCAGGCACGAACGCCUCGUUUAUGGAUCCAAACAAUCCUCACUGGGGCUGGAAUUGGCUUGAGAGAUGGAUGGCUGUAAGGCCAUGGGAGGGACAAAGCACAUUCCAACACAAUGAGCCUGCACCUCUAAUUAGCACAGCCAGAAGCACGCUAUCAGUUGGCGAAAUAACCAAACUGUAUACUCUACGCGACGAUGCUAACAUUAGCAAGAACUCCCCUAGGGCCAUAAAAACAGGCCGGUCGCGCAGCGGCCUUAACUCGCCCUCAAAUGUACUCACCCCAUCAAAGUCCACAGCCUUUUUCACAGCUUCCCCCACUCCAAGGAGUCUCAGGGCAGCUAGUCCUAAACUUGGUUCCUGGGGUGGUGAUGGAGACAAGAGGAAUGCAUUUGGCAUUAGGAGGGAGGGCAACCGUAGGCACAGCAUCGCCAUUUCGCCUGCGAGGGAUGAUGAGCUCCUUAACUCACCUAUGAACAGAUCACCAAAGAAAGCAGCAGCAACAAAGGCCUCAAAAUCCUUCAACAUGGCAAAGAGCAGUGUUAGCUCAUCUGAGAAAUCAAGUCCUGCUGCUGCAGUAAACAAGAGACUCUCUUUGUCUCAAUCUCCAACUUCAAAUUCAAGAAGGCUUUCUACUCCAGGCAAGGUGGGGACAAUUUCCAACAAGAGCAAUGCUGCUGGUGCUACUAUGAGAAAGUGAAAAGAAGGAGGGAGCAGAUAGAUUAUUAUGCCAUCACCAUUGAUGAAGAAACUAUAUACAUGACUGAAUUAACCAUGAAGAAACUAUAAAGUUAAAGGUGGUGUAUAUGAUAAUUGUAUUUAUCAGCCUUCUUUCUCUUCUUUCAGUUCAUACAUUCAGUUGUUUUCAUAAUCAAUGUAUAAACAGCUUUUUUUUUUCUUGUUUUCUUAACACAUAUGUAGAUAUGAUAUGAUAUAUCACUUGUUACCUUCUG